AUGACGUCCUUUCGAAGCGCAGUGCGCUCUGCUGACGUGGCGCAUUUCGUGGCCCUCGUCCUGCUCUCUGCACCAUUCCUCGCAGCCCUCGCGUCCCCCCUCACACCCUGCCCGCUCACACGCCUGCGUCUCGCCCCACCAACGGCCACAGCAGCCACUCUCUCUGCUUCCCCCGCCUCGCAAGAGACCAACCAGGAAGGCUCUUCCUCCCCUGGCUCUGCGGUUGCCGCUGCUGCUUGCACCACCACAGAUCAUCACAGCAGUGCUAAUGCUGCUGGCGCAGCUGGUGCUGCUGAUGGUGCUCGCGCAGGACUGGCAGCAGCAGGGGCCGCGGCGGGGGGAGACGGGUAUGGGCGUGCUGCUCUCGCCGGGGGGGGCGUGGGGGCGGCUGGUGAGGGAGUGGCGGUGGGCGCGCGUGCAGUACCUGUGGGACGUGCUGCUGGAACGACACCCUAUUGUGUGCGUGUCUCUUCCCACCUGGACCUCCCAUCCUCUCUCAAAACGUACCUUUGGGACGUGCUGCUGGAACGACACCCCAUUGUUCGACUCAAAAGUCAACUCGGUGGGCGCGUGGAUGUGCAGUACCUCUGGGGCUUGCUGCUGGAACGCCACCCCAUCGUGUGCGGACCUCUUUCACCCUUUGCUCUCUUUCCUCCCACCUGGACCUGCCAUCCUCUCUCUCAAAAUGUACCUCUGGGGCGUGCUGCUGGAGCGCCAACCAUAUCGUGUGCGUCUCUUAUAUCUUUUGCUCUGCUCGCUCAGAGACAGCAUAGCAUUGAGUUGACUUUUGAGUCGACUCAAAAGUCAACUUGGUGGGCAUGCGUGCAGUACCUGUGGGAUGUGCUCCUGGAACGACGCCCUAUUGGGUGCGUCCCUUGCUACGCCUGGGAGGUGCAGCUGCAGCGACAUCCCAUCAUGUGCGCCCCUCACUCUGCGUUUCCUUGUACACUCACGAUUAUGCAUCUCGUUCCCGUGCGGUGCCCCAUCACAUGCUUUCUCGUGCCAUGCUAUGCGAUGCCCAACGCCAUGCCUCACACCAUUCCCCACACCACGCGACUCGCCCGCCAUGCCUCAUGCCCUGUGUACGCUACCCCUUGCCCCGCUACAGGUACGGUGGGGUGCGGUGGAGAGGAGCAGGCGGCCGCAGGAGCCGUUUGGGGAGGCGCUGUGGGACGCGAGAGCACGCAGGAGGGGAGGGUGAUAGGCAUCAUGCUCACGCUGGGCGGGCUCUUCUUCUACUCGCUGCUCACCUCCACCAUGACCGCACAGUUCAAGGUGCGCCUGCUCUCACGUGCUCUCAACCCGAAACUUAACCCUUCAACCACUAGCACCCCAUCCUCCAUGGCAGGCGAUGUUGUUGCGUCCAGCUCUCCGUUUUUCUCUCACCUCCCCAUUUUGAAACCCCUUUUCCUUGCCGUGGCCCACACCAAUCUGCUCAGGAGUGCACCUGCUCAUGCGCUGGUCUCAUCGCAGCUCACCCAGUCCCCUGUCUCCACCCUCUCUCUCCCACCCUCACCAUCGCCCUCUCUCUCCCACCCUCACCAUCGCCCUCUCUCUCCCACCCUCACCAUCGCCCUCUCUCUCCCACCCUCACCAUCGCCCUCUCUCUCCCACCCUCACCAUCGCCCUCUCUCUCCCACCCUCACCAUCACCCUCUCUCUCCCACCCUCACCAUCGCCCUCUCUCUCCCACCCUCACCAUCGCCCUCUCUCUCCCACCCUCACCAUCGCCCUCUCUCUCCCACCCUCACCAUCGCCCUCUCUCUCCCACCCUCACCAUCGCCCUCUCUCUCCCACCCUCACCAUCGCCCUCUCUCUCCCACCCUCACCAUCGCCCUCUCUCUCCCACCUUCGCCAUCGCCCACCUGCCCUGCUCAUCGCCCUUGUAGUCGCUGCUCACCUCCUCCUCCCGAGUCGCUAUUCACCUCAUCCCGCCCCACCCCCCUGUGAGCAGCUGCGAAUGGAGUGGCUGAGGGAAGCGCUCAUUCUCUCUGCCCUUGAACUCACCUCCACCUCCCCAUUCACUGCUCGCCCCGCCCUCACCCCGCCCCCGCCCUGUGAGCAGCUGCGCAUGGAGUGGCUUAGAGAAGGCGCUCACUCGCAGGUGAGAAGGGAUCUGUGCUUUCCUUGGAGUGCAACGUCAACCACUGACCCCUCCCCUCUGCACCCGCCCCUCCCCUCUGCACCCGCCCCUCCCCUCUGCACCUCGCCCCUCCCCUCUGCACCUCGCCCCUUCCCUCUGCACCCGCCCCUCCCCUCUGCACCUCGCCCCUUCCCUCUGCACCCGCCCCUCCCCUCUGCACCUCGCCCCUCCCCUCUGCACCUCGCCCCUUCCCUCUGCACCUCGCCCCUCCCCUCUGCACCUCGCCCCUUCCCUCUGCACCUCGCCCCUUCCCUCUGCACCUCGCCCCUCCCCUCUGCACCUCGCCCCUUCCGUGCGCUUCUCACGCCCCAUCUCGCCCCCGUGAUGGAGCGAGAUCACAUAGUGAUCGGGGGAAUCAACAACCGCCUCGCCACGCUGCUCAGUCCUCAUUUACUCACGCUCAUCCUCUCCCUUGUUCUCCCCCACCAGGUGAUGGAGCGCGAUCACAUAGUGAUCGGGGGAAUUAACAACCGCCUCGCCACACUACUGCGGCAGCUCAGCAAGAGCCAGCACUUUGCCGUGCAGGACGGCUCUGCAGUCACCAGGAAGCGCACGGUGCUGCUGCUGACGGAGUUACCGCGCAAGGAGACGGAGAAGAUAGUGUCGCCUUACCUCAAGGACUGCCACCACAUCAACCUCUUCAUCCGCAGCGGCCCUCUCAGCAGCACCGCGUCGUUCAAGAAGGUGGCGGCAGACAGGGCGCGCUCAGUCAUUCUCCUGGCGCCCAAGGACGACUA